CUCUCCCUCAUAUUUUUCUCCCUCCAAACCAGUUGCCCCCCUGCCUUCCUAACAAAGAAAAAGCCUCUCUGUCUCUUUCUUCCGCUCAAUCUCGAGUCAUGCAAGAAACUGACCUACACGAUUUGUCUGACGACGCCGAUUACGCCGCGUCACAGCUCCAAGGGUUGGCAAGUAUGAUGGGAAGCGAUAGUCGUACACAGAACUCGGCCAGCGAGCCCGACGGUGCGGAGAUUGUCUAUAUGAAGGAUAAUGUGACAAUUCAUCCGACGCAGUUCGCUUCCGAGAGGAUCAGUGGGCGAUUAAAGUUGAUUAAGCAAGGCUCUACUCUCUUUAUGACGUGGAUUCCAUACAAAGGCCAAAGCUCGAAUGCAAAGCUGUCCGAGAAAGAUUGGAAUCUUUAUACCAUAAGAGCAGUGCCUUUUACGGAGGUGCGGUCCAUUCGGAGGCACACACCAGCGCUUGGGUGGCAGUACAUUAUCGUUGUUUUGUCUUCAGGACUUGCUUAUCCUCCUCUUUAUUUCUACAAUGGAGGAGUCAAAGAGUUUCUCGGUAGUAUAAAGCAACAUGUUUUUAUUGUGAGGUCUGCAGAGGAUGCAAAUGUAUUUAUAGUGAACGAUUUUCAAAAUCCUCUCCAGAAAACCUUGUCUUCUUUGGAGCUGCCUAGGGCUGUUUCUGUUGUUAGCGAGCCAUCUAUGUCCGUUUCAGUUGGCGAGUCCCCUUUAAAUGAUAACCAGGAGAGAACUGAUGCUGGGGUUCAUAGCGAAACUUCCAGAGUUUCUCAAUACAAUGUGAAGCAAAGGCAAAAGGGUCAUGAUCCUGCUCGAGAUCUCUCAAUUCAAGUCUUGGAAAAGUUCUCUCUUGUGACCAAAUUUGCCCGUGAAACAACUUCACAACUCUUCCGUGAAAGUCAUGGUAAUGGGUUUGUUGCGAUUGAGAGGAGAAGCCACAACCAUUCUCCCCUUGAUUCUGCUCAGAAGGCAUCCAAUAUUGCUGAAAAAGUUCCUGAUACCAUCCCCAUUGCAUCAGAUCCUUUGGAGAAAAUUUCUUAUAUGAAACACAAUCUUGUUGAAGAAGCUGCCACCAAUUUGGGAACUUUUGAGCUAAUCAAUUGUAAGGAGGUUGAUAAAUUGACACUCGUUUGGGGAAAACCACGGCAGCCACCUUUGGGGCCUGAAGAGUGGUUCACCUUCUUGGAUUCUGAAGGGAGAGUCAUGGAUUCAAAAGCUUUAAGGAAGAGAAUAUUUUAUGGGGGACUCGAACAUGGAUUGCGGAAAGAGGCAUGGGCGUUCGUGUUGGGAUACCAUCUCUAUGAUUCAACAUAUGCCGAGAGGCAAUAUCUUAGGUCGAUUAAAAAGUCGGAGUAUGAGACCAUAAAGAGGCAGUGGCAGAGUAUCUCCUCGGAACAGGCAAACAGAUUUACAAAAUUUAGGGAGAGAAAGGGCCUUAUUGAAAAAGAUGUGGUAAGGACUGACAGAUCGCUCUCCUUCUAUGACGGGGAAGAUAAUGCAAAUGUGAAUCUGUUACGUGAUAUUCUGCUAACAUACUCAUUCUAUAACUUCGAUCUUGGUUACUGUCAGGGUAUGAGUGAUCUCCUGUCCCCAAUAUUGUUUGUAAUGGAGGAUGAGUCAGAAUCAUUUUGGUGUUUUGUUGCACUGAUGGAACGCCUUGGACCUAAUUUCAAUCGUGACCAAAACGGCAUGCACUCUCAACUUUUUGCAUUAUCCAAGUUGGUGGAGUUGUUAGACAGCCCAUUGCACAACUAUUUUGAGCAGAACGACUGCCUUAAUUAUUUCUUUUGUUUUCGCUGGAUUCUAAUACAAUUAAAAAGGGAGUUUGAAUACGAGAAAACAAUGCGUUUAUGGGAGGUAUUGUGGACGCAUUAUUUGUCUGAGCACCUCCACCUGUACGUAUGCGUUGCAAUCUUGAAGCGAUAUCGUAAUAGGAUAAUGGGGGAGCAGAUGGACUUUGACACGCUCUUGAAAUUCAUCAACGAGCUGAGUGGUCACAUUGACCUGGAUUCGGUCCUCAGAGAUGCAGAGGCUUUGUGCAUAUGUGCCGGUGAGAAUGGUGCGGCUUGCAUUCCUCCCGGAACCCCACCCUCGUUGCCUGUUGACGAUGGCUUAUUAUACACUCAACAAGAUGACGUAUUGUAAUCGUGGUCCCUAUUCUAUUCAUCAGCCUUGUACUAUCAAAUCUGUAGAAACACAUUCACCGCUUUAUUUCCCUGUAAUUGAUUUAUUUUCUGAUUUUAUUUUUUAAGACAAUGUUAGUGCAACCAAGCAAAUCAGUUUACUAUCAAAUGGCACCAAAGUUCAUUAGGAAA